AUGAAAUCUGAGGAAGGACCUCUCUCUGUUUAUAACAUUCCCCUGAAAGAACAACGAACCAGUGUAGAUGGUUGCAGAUGGUUCAGUUUUGGGGAAGAUGUCCCAAAACAAAGUCGUACCAUAAUGGUCCUUGGAGCAACUGGUGCUGGGAAGUCAACUCUCAUCAAUGGGAUGAUCAACUACAUUCUAGAUGUUAAAUGGGAGGACUCAUUUAGGUUUAAGUUAGUUCAUGAGGAUCAGUCACUAUCUCAGGCUCACAGUCAGACAUCUGAAGUCACUGUGUACAAAAUCAACCACCAGGAGGGGUUUAACAUCCCCUACUCUCUGACCAUUGUGGACACUCCAGGUUUUGGAGACACCAGAGGAAUAGAAAGCGACAGAAAGAUCACCGAGCAAAUACGUAAACUAUUCUCUUCUGGACAUGGUGUCACUGAAAUUGAUGCAGUGUGUGUUGUAGUUCAGGCUGCUUUAGCACGACUCACACCAACACAGAAAUAUGUGUUUGACUCAGUUCUCUCAAUCUUUGGCAAAGAUGUGGCAGAAAACAUCAGAGUUCUGGUCACAUUUGCAGACGGUCAAAAGCCUCCAGUUCUAGAGGCGAUCAAUGCUGCAGGUGUUCCAUGUCCUAAAACUAAGAAGGGGCUGCCACUUCACUUCAAAUUCAAUAAUUCAGCCUUGUUUGCAGACAACAAACCUGCAGCUCACAGUGGACAUAACGAAGAUGAUGAUGAUGGAGGAUUUGAUCAGAUGUUUUGGGUCAUGGGGACAAAAAGCAUGACAACGUUUUUUGGUGCUUUGAAUAAAGUAGAAACUAAAAGUUUGACACUGACAAAGGAGGUCCUCAGAGAGAGACAACAGCUCGAGAUUUCAGUCGAAAAUUUGCAGGUAAAGGUUAAAGUUGGUUUAGCCAAGAUGGAGGAAAUGAAAGAGACAAAAGAAAAACUGAAAGAGUUUGAAGCAGAGAUCAACAGAAAUGAGAACUUUGAGUUUGAAGUGACUGUCACAAAGCCUUUUCAAUACGACAUUUCUGGUUCUGGAAACUUCAUCACAAACUGUCAACAAUGUCAUUUCACCUGUCACUACCCUUGUGGUUUACCAGAUGAUAGAGAUAAAGCUCGCUGCUGGGCAAUGGGAUCAAAUGGAUACUGUAAACAGUGUCCAGGCAAAUGUUACUGGAAAGUACAUUUUAAUCAGAAGUACAGAUGGGAGUAUCAAGAAGUUAAAGAAAAACAAACUGUGAAAGAGCUGAAGGAAAAAUAUCUUAAAGCCAAAGGUGGUAAGACAGAUGUUCAGACAUUGAUUGAUAAACUGAAGGAUGAAUAUGAUCGUAUCCAGGGUGAGGUGGUGAAUCUGAUAAAGGAAUCUACUAGAUGUCUGAACAGACUGAAAGAGAUAGCACUGAAACCAAACCCUCUGUCCACUCCAGAGUACAUUGACAUGUUGAUUGAAGGAGAGAAAGCUGAGGCCAAACCAGGCUGGAAGAAACGAGUUGAGUCUCUGAUGAAGAUGAAACAAAAAGCAGAGUUCAUGGCUAAAGUAGAGAAAGGAGAGAAUCUUCUCAGUUCUCAGCAGAGUAAUCAAGAUCAACAGGACAAACAUGACACUGAGACUAAAACCAACAAAGACCAAGACAAGGACGAUAACUGCAGUGACAUUAAAGACCAAGACAAGUCAGGUACUGAUAGAAACCAAGAGGAAAAGACCAACAGAGACCAAGACAAGGAACAGACUGAGGGAGACCAAGACAAGGAACAGACUGAGGGAGACCAAGACAAGGAACAGACUGAGGGAGACCAAGAUGAGGAACAGUUUGAGGGAGACCAAGACGAGGAACAGUCUGAGGGAGACCAAGACGAGGAACAGUCUGAGGGAGACCAAGACGAGGAACAGUCUGAGGGAGACCAAGACGAGGAACAGUCUGAGGGAGACCAAAACGAGGAACAGUUUGAGGGAGACCAAGACGAGGAACAGUCUGAGGGAGACCAAGACGAGGAACAGUCUGAGGGAGACCAAGACGAGGAACAGUCUGAGGGAGACCAAGAUGAGGAACAGUCUGAGGGAGACCAAGAUGAGGAACAGUCUGAGGGAGACCAAGACGAGGAACAGACUGAGGGAGACCAAGACGAGGAACAGACUGAGGGAGACCAAGACGAGGAACAGUCUGAGGGAGACCAAGACGAGGAACAGUCUGAGGGAGACCAAGACGAGGAACAGUUUGAGGGAGACCAAGACAAGGAACAGUCUGAGGGAGACCAAGAUGAGGAACAGACUGAGGGAGACCAAGAUGAGGAACAGUCUGAGGGAGACCAAGACGAGGAACAGUCUGAUUCAGAGACUGAGCUCAGUUCUGAUUUAGUUCAAGAUGUGACUGGAGUUUUAUUCAAGUAGUCGAGUACAUGAUGUCCUGUGGCUUUUAAAACACAAGAAAAGAUGUGAAACAUAAUUCAUUAGUACUUUUUUUUUCUGUGAGAAUAUUUUCAGCUUUAAUUUUCUUUAAUGAUGAUGAUUUUUUCAUGAUGAUGAUGAUGAUGGUGAUGAUGAUGAUGAUGAUGAUGAUGUUGAUGAUGAUGUUGAUGAUGAUGAUGAUGAUGAUGAUGAUGAUGAUGAUGAUGAUGAUCUCUUAGCUCUGCUCUUCUCUUCUCUGGACUCUUCUUGUGUUGGUUAAUGCUGCUCUGUGGGAUUAAUAGUGUUUAGUAGGUAGAUGAUGACUAACAUAGUAGCUACACCAACAUAGUCAUUUCUCUAGUUUUUACUUUGUAGUAGUUUAAUCAUGACUGAGUGUUGGAGAUACAGAGACCAUAUAUUGAUUAUUAUGUAUUAUUUUCUUUGUGAUUGACAGUUUUCUCUCUGAUAAACAGAUGUUUUAUGAUCUCAAUUACUAAGUGUCUUUAAUACAGAGAUAUCACAGUUUGCUUUUGUGAUUGUGUUAAAGUUGUUUCUAUCUGAACAACAGGAAGAGAGUAAAUCAUGACUGAUGACAGAAAUUCUACUGGUGUGAAUUAAAUCAAACGAGAUUAACCUGUGUUUAAUAAACUGGCUUCAACUGAACUCUGAGGAAUAAAGGUUUUAAUUCUUUUUUUUAUUUUAUCUCUUGUCUUUUUGUUUUAAAGGGAAAAUUGUGAAAAUUGUGAAGUUGUGAAGUUAUUUUGUAAAUCCUCUAGUUUAAACACAUGAAUCAGCCAUGUGACAGAAUACAGCAGUUUGUUCUUGGUCCACAGGGUGGCAGCACAGCAUCGGCUGUAAUGAUGUAACACAGAUGUUGGACCUGAGAACAAUUAUUACUGGAAGUUCAGAGAUUAGAGUUUGUUACUGACACACAAGAAUGUCUUAGCUAAUGACAAACAGGAACAAUCUGAAUAAUAAAAAGAAAACCACGGCCGUCCCCUUGGUACCAGCAUGCUAGCUAGUGACAGUUUACACAAUUAAAACAAUUUUAUAUCAUUAAUAUUAGUGGUCAGAGACUUCAGAAAUGUCCGUUUUGUUUUUCUGUUUGAUAAAUGAACUGUUUAUUUAUCACCCGAUAUAUGGGGCGAAACACGCCACAGGAAAAAAUAAAUAGUUCAUCAUCAAUGUGAAACUCUGGCUGCUCCGGUUUCUAGUUAAGUCAAACUUCUUGCUUUUUCCAUGACUACAAACGAGCCACAGCUCCCAGUGAGAGGCUUCAUUCUGCUCUGUCUGACAGUCCAUGGAGCUGAACUCUAACGUGGGCCCUCAGCAGCACCACUACCUCCGACCUCUGUUACAUGUGAAACGGAAAAAAAAAAAGAAACUGCAGCAGCUUUUGUUUUUAAUAUUUUUUAUUUUUCAUUAUUUGAUUAUUACUGUGGCAGCUCAAGAGGAAACGUAUUUAAAGAGUGUGUUGGUCUUUGUUACAGUCGGAUCUUUGUCACUGUGGCUCUGACGUUUAGGUCAAAUAACAAGGUUUGCCUCACAGGUUGUCGCUCACUGUGUGUCCUUCAUGUACAGUGUUACACUGUGUGUACUUGUGUGUACUACGCUGUUUCAUUUGUGUGCGUUUGUUGUGAAGAUCGCCUCAGCUUUCAUGUUCAAAAACUGUCAGAGUGGGAAAAUGUGUAAAACUGUGUAGAAGAGCAAAAGGGAGAGAGUUUGUUUCUUUCAUGUUCACAGGAGUUUAAAAGGCAUCUGUCAAUGAAGGGAAUUAAAAGCUUCACCAUAAAA